GGCCAGGCGGGGGUGGAGGGUGGAGGGUAGAAAUAGGGGCGGGCGGGCCGCGCCAGUCUCGGAGCCGCGCGGAGCCGACCUGAGCCUUGCCGAGAGCGCCUAGCGAGGCGCCGAGCCCUGAGCACCCAUGCUGCUGUUGCUGGCCUGGGGCUCACUCUUCUUCGCGGGGCUCUUCGUGCUCUGCACCUGGUGGCUGCGCCGCGCGUGGCCCGAACGCUCCGACCACGAUUGCGUGAUGAUCAGCACCAGGGUGGUUUCUUCAGCGCAGGCUAUAUUAGCCACCGGGUCAGGGAUCGUCAUCAUCUGCUCCUGUAGAAACGUGGUCACCGACAGGCACUGGCUUGCCCGAGAAUAUGUCUGGUUUUUGAUUCCAUACAUGGUCUAUGACAUCUACGCCAUGUACCUCUGUGAAUGGUACCGAACCAGAGAACCGAACCGCAGACACUCCCUCACCAUUUUUCGAAACUUCCUAAGUAAAAACCGCCUCAUGAUCACGCACCACAUGGCCAUUCUGUUGGUCCUAGUGCCAGUUACACAGAGGCUUAGGGGAGACCUGGGGGACUUCUUUGUUGGCUGCAUCUUCACAGCAGAACUGAGCACUCCAUUUGUGUCGCUGGGCAGAGUUCUGAUUCAGCUAAAGAAGCAGCACACCCUUUUGUACAAGGUGAACGGAAUUCUCACGCUGACCACCUUCUUUAGCUGUCGGAUCCUUCUUUUCCCCUUCAUGUACUGGUCCUAUGGCCAACAGCAGAGACUAAGCCUGUUCCAAGUGCCAUUCAAGAUCCCUUUCUUCUGCAAUGUGGCCAAUGCCUUCCUCGUGGCUCCCCAGAUCUACUGGUUCUCUCUGCUGUGCAAGAAGGCAGCCCGGCUCUUUGACACUCCCCCAGCUGAAAAGGAUGGAUAAUUGCUCCAAGGAGUCAGGCAGUGAGGGUGCCUCCUCAUCCUGGCUGCCUUCUCCACUCAGUAUUCCAUGGACCAAAUAGUACCUUGGGUGGCCUCAGCCUUUUGGGUAUUGAUAAGCAGAUGGGUAUGAGUUUUUCAAAAGAAUAUUCAUAUUACCUCCCUCUUCUAACCUGCCCUUUUGCAAAAGCACUUUUUUCUUAGUAACACCUAUUGGAUCCUGUCAAACCUUCAUUGACAGCAAGGUGGUUUUAAUGCAAGCCCAAGAAUCCUUCCUUGGGUCUUCUCUCAAGGGCUCUGGGAGGUAGAAUCAUGGGUUGUGGAGAUAGGUCAACCAGGGUGAUAAGUGUCUGGGCACUCUCCUGGCUCUAAUAUUGGUGGCUACCCACCUUCCAAACACUCAGGGCAGUAUCCACACAUACUGGGCCAGCAGAAGCAAGUGACGACUUAGGUCUUGAAAUAAUUUCUUAUAUUGGCCUGGGAAAAUUGUGUGGGUAGGUAGUUUUUUAUUGUUUACUAGAUAACCCAUUGGUCUUUUGCCUCAACCUUUCAUCCAUGUGCCAACGUUGAAUUCUGUUCACUGACUUCCAGUCAGAUGUCUCACUGGUGGUGGUGGUGGUAGAGGCAGGAGGCAGGAAUGGGAACCUGAAGCACUUGAGGAAUUAGGAAGGCCAAUAGGUCAGCAACUUUGCAGGCCAAUUUGGUAAGACCAGUGUCAAACUUGAGUUUGCUGUAAAUAGUCACAAACACUAUUCCUUUUUUAGCAUAUCUCCUUAAGCCCAGCUUUCCCCAUAUCCACACACUUAGGAUGCUCUUAAGAACUAUAGGGGUAAAGUGAAAUGGUGGCUACCAAGCUACUUACUGGGUAAUCUCACUCUUUGACACUAUCCUUUUCACAUGAAGUGGAAAUGGAUUUCUGUAGUACAAACCAUGAGAAGUCUCAUCUAGAGUGCCUCUUGAUAAACCAGAGCUUGUGAUCCAAAGCCUGUUCCUAUGUGGGCAUACCACCAUUUGGCCACACAAGGCUGGAGGGCAAGAGUGGAAGACAGCCCUGGCUAAAAUAUGUCCUGUGGACUGAUUCCUUCACUACCAUUUGCAAAUGGGAGCCUCUGGUGCCAACACUAAUCAUUCCUUAUCAACUAGGAUGGGUUUUAGAAACUGCUACCACGUAAUUUUUUUUUUUCAAGUGGUAGUGAAAAACUAGAUUUUAAGUGCCUUUUAAUUCAUUGUUGUCCAUGAGUUUUUAAAGUACUGAAUAUGUGUCUCAUUUUGACUGUCUUUAAUGGGUGCCAUUUAAAAAAAAAAAGGCAAAAUGCUGUAAUUUUGUUUUGUUUACUAUUGGAAUAUCUUUAUAAAUCACCCCUCGGUGAUCAAAUUGCACUAAUAUUUCCCAACUUAUUCUCAUUUGUGAAAUACAUCAAUACCAACUUCCAUAAGACUCA